UGUCCAACUACAUAAUUUGUAAAGGUUUAGUUGUGCGCUAGCCAGCUAUGACUCACGGGCAGUCACAUGGCUAAACUGGAUUUAUGCGUCACAGCGCGCCUUUCUGGACGAAGACCCGCCAGACUGUAAUGCCCUUUGGCUUUAACAAUAGUUAACCUGCUAAAUUAGCUUAAUGUUUACAUGCAACGAGUUCUUGGCAGGCUGUUUUGUGUUGUAAGGUAGGCUUUGCUUGCUACAUACUUCAAGGGCAUUGAGAUUCAUUGAUGGAUGAAACCACUCAUGGGGAAUUUGGACCAUCAUUACAGCACAUCAGUGAAACAUGAAAAAAGAGAUUGCAGCAGUGGUGUUGUUCCUGAAAAGACUGAUCAAAAAGGUGGAAAAGUUGGACACCCAGAAAGUGGACAUGUUUGUGGAGCAGUUGACUGUUGCCCUGCAGGAGAAGUUCAGGGGGCAUUGGUACCCUGACAACCCCAGCAAAGGACAGGCCUUCAGGUGUAUUCGGCUGAACAGGUUGCAGAAGGAGGAUCCAGAGUUGCUGCGGGCCUGCCAGGAGAGUGGGGUUCAGUACAAGGACCUUGGCCUGCCCAGAGAACUCACUCUGUGGGUAGACCCUGGAGAGGUGUGCUGCAGGUAUGGAGAGAAGAACCAUGCUUUCACGGUGGCCAGUUUCUUUGGUGAUGAGACUGUGACUAAGAAGGUGACCAGUGCCGUGGAGAGGGUGACGUCUGACUACCACUCCGGUUCAUCUUCAGAGGAGGAUAGUGGCCUCAGGGAAACCCGUCCAUCCACUACCUGCCCCCAAAAUCACCACACAUACCAGGUGAUCUACCCAGCUGCUCCUCUGUGGUGUCAAGUGCCCAAGCAAAAGAAGAUGGGGCCUGGUAAAGGAUAUAACGUCCCUCCACGUCCUCCUCACUAUGGCUUCAGACCUCAAGGCAGACCCACCCAGCCCUUCAGACACAAAGGUUUGGCUCUGCCUGGCCAGAGAGGGGGGCUCGGAUACUGGGGUGGCACUCCAGGCUUGUCUUACUGUUAGGGACCACUGUAGCAAGUGUUGACGUUAGUAUUAGCCUGUUCCAGGUUCCCUGAGCUGUUGAGGGUAACCACUAGAGCAAGCAAUAGUUCAUGGGUGACAGGUAGCCUUGCGGUUAAGAGUGUUGGGUCAGUAACUGAAAGGUUGCUGGUUUGAAUCUCCGAGCCGACUAGGUACAACAUCUGUCGAUGCGCCAUUGAGCAAGGCACUUAACCCUUAGUGCUCCUGGAAGCCGCUCUGGAGAAGUGUCUGCUAAGUGACUGAAAUGUUAGAGGGAAGGGGGAGGAAGUGGCAAACAAAGUCCACCAAGAUGUCUGACCACAUUUUUUUAAUGUAAUUUUGUAGUGAGCUAGUCACUGGAAUUUGUUAUUUUUAUGGUAAGAACAUUAACUCUUUACACUUGAGAGAAUUUGUAUUCGUGUGAGUAAAAUAAUUAGUUGUAAUGGAUAAGGAAUAUAGGAAUUUGAUGUAUUUUAUUUAUAGCUAUGAAGAUAUAUGUACCGUAUUUAUUUUUGAUGGGUUAAUUGUAUGUUACCUCCUACUGUCCUGUCCAUCAGUUAUGUUCCAAUGAGAAAUUUUUUAUUUAUUCAGUGUAUUAGUAUUAUGAAUUGCGCUUACCACUUAAAUUCUGAGACAUUAAACACAUUUUCUAAUCCUA